AUGGGAACCUCCCCAGAGAGGAAAGACAGGCUUGCAGAGGAUGGGGGCAGCAACCUUAAAGAAGAAAGGGCCACAUUAAAUGAUCGCUCCUCCAUCCAAAAGCCUCAUCUCUUCUUCCUCCCAGAUGUCCCCAGCAUUCCUUUUUUCCCACGUGACGCCCAUCGACAUGACAUUGAGGUCUUGGAGGCCAACUAUCCCAUAAUCCUUGCAGAGUUUCAGGCGGUCUACCAGAGAGGCAUUGAUCCAAAGAUUGGCUGGACCGGCCUGGGAUCUAAGGGCCAAGCUGUGUUCCCCUUGUACAGCGCAGGCGUGUGUGUAGCAGGGAACUGUCGCUCCUGUCCCUGCACCUACCGCACUCUUCUCUCCUUGCGCACCUUCAUAAGUAGCAACUCCCUGGGGGCCGCCGGGUUCUGGCUGCUAGGGCCUGGGGCCACACUAGGGGGAGUGUAUGGCCCCACCAAUACUCGCCUACGCUGCCACCUCGGAGUGCAGACCCCACCUCAGUGUGAGCUGGUAGUGGGAGGAGAGCCUCAGUGCUGGUCAGAGGGACACUGCCUCCUGGUGGAUGACUCCUUCCUGCACACUGUCUCCCAUAAUGGGGUGGCAGAGGACGGGCCACGGGUGAUUUUCAGUGUGGACCUCUGGCAUCCAAAUGUGGCUGCAGCAGAAAGACAGGCCUUGGACUACAUUUUCUGCCCUGACCAAUGAACUACAACUUCCACUGUGCACAUGUUCUAGUUGUGCUCCACCCUUAUUUUAUAUGAGGGAAAGGUGCCCAAACCUCGUCUCGAGGGCUGUGCUCUUCAACCUCAAUGUUCAUCCAGUCCGAGUAUCACUGUGUGUGUUACCAGUGAAUCCACUGAAACAGUCCAAAUAGCCAAAGGGAGCUUACCCACAGACGUCAGUUCAAUGUCUAGUUUAUUUAUUUUUUAAAUGUUUUUUUACACCUUUAUUUAACUAGGAAAGUCAGUUAAGAACAAAUUCUUAUGUACAAUGACAGCCUACCCCGGCCAAACUCAGGCGACUCCCAAUCACGGCCGGAUGUAAUAAAGCCUGGAUUUGGUUGAGUUGUCAACUAAGCUGAAUUCACUGUGAAAAUAAAUAAAUAAAUCCCCAUGUCAUUGGAUUUCGGUAAAACGUUGGGUCAAAAAAAGACUACAAUUUCCGUAUAUUGAUGACUUCUUUAAAAUCCAUGUUGAUUCAACAUCAUGCCAUAAAAUUUUGGGGGGUAGAAUGACAUAUAAACAACAUUGAUUCAACCAGUUUUGACCCGUGGGUAGAAACAGAAUGAACGUACAGUCAUUUAAGAUCAGAACUGGUCUUUGCUGCUUUAAACUCCACACUUGCACUCACACACACAUUUGGACUGCACUAUCUUAAUAGCAAAACAUACAAAUGACAUUGCGGGUUGAUCACAGCUUUUUGAUAGGUGACCUCAUGAUGCAAAGGAAUCCUCCAAUAAAACAAGUAAAUAUUUAUUAUUUUGUAGAACUGUAUCAUCACAGUUUUUGCUUCAUAAGUAACUGCAGAAACUGUGCGGGAAAAAAGUCAAUUAACCACUGUUUUAUCUAUUCAGUUUUGUUAUUUUGUUGUGCCUGUUUUCUAUCUAUCCUUUUCUCAAAUGUGCCUGAUGUUAAUUUAAGGUAACCCCUUUUGGCAUAUACUGUGAUCUAGAUAUUUCAUUUGGUUUGGCUCAAUAGAUUUUUUGUGAGCAUGCUUUUUAUAUAUAUAUAUAAACUCAGCAAAAAAAAGAAACGUCCUCUCAUUGUCAACUGCGUUUAUUUCCAGCAAACUUAACAUGUGUAGCUAUUUCUAUGAACAUAACAAGAUUCAACAACUGAGACAAAAACUGAACAAGUUCCACAGACAAGUGACUAACAGAAAUUGAAUAAUGUGUCCAUGAA